AUGUUGAACGAAUUGUGGAAGAAAUAUAUCAUCAAGAUAAAAUGUGAGAAAAGUAUCUCAACGGAACAUUCUAAUACACCAUCUGUUGUAUAUCUUUGUCGCAUUUGUUCCGGUUUCCGAACAGACAAUGAAUCCUUAGUUGAGAGUCACCUCAUAGAUAAACAUAAGAUUCCAUGUAACAUGCAUUCAGAUCCAUGUUCAUGUGAUGAAGUAAACGAUGUUCAUCAAGCCGAUGUUAAAGCAAUGAAUACCAAUGAUGAUAAUUCAACCAUCACUACUGUUGAUAAUAAAGAUCAUGAAAAUUUUGAUCUAUUCAGUCCUUUAUACUGUCAAACAUUACAAACACCAGUAAAUGUACAUGAUACUUCUCCUGGUACCAAUGAUGCUAAUUCCAUGGAUUCAAUUAGUCCUCCACAUUCACCAGUUUCUCCUGUUUUGAGAGAAACAAAUAGUGCACGUAAAAAAAUAACGAUUACUUUGAAUAGCUCACCACCACCACCUACAACAACAGCUUAUAUUUCAGAAUUGAGAACUCCUGAAAAGCAUACGAUUAUAUCAAGCCAGGGGAAUGAAACUGUUGUAUCGCUAACAUAUGAAACAGUAUUAAUGUCAUCUCAUUCACCUAGUAGUCCAAAUAAUAUACCCCUCAGAAGCACAAAUGUCCUGAUUGUGAUCGAUGUUUCAGUAGUUAUAAAGCAUUUGAACGUCACACACUUCGAUCGCAUGCUCCAACUCCUCUGUCAGCUGGAAAAUCAGUUGAUAUGGACGCUCAGUCAUCCUGUGAAUAUACGUCAACUGUUUUAUCUUAUGAAUUUUCAAGCGUGCAAGAUGCAUGCAAGAAUACACAAACAAAACAAAAAGUUCAAUCGAACCAACGAUUUAACCAACGGUAAUCUGAAUGAAGCAGUGGAUAAUGCCAAUCACCGUAAAGAAAGCCUCAUUGAAUCGCGAUACCGUACAAUCCUACCUAAACCAUCCAGUAAGCAAACAUCAUCUGUUCAAUUUUCACUGUUGGACUUAAAACCACGACGGAGAAAUGCUCGUCGUCAAACUACUUCAUCAACAUCAUCAUCAUAUGAACAAAUAUUAUCAUGCAAAAAGCAAAUCAAUCACAAUAAUGUUGUCAACAAUUCCUCUGCCAGAAUAUACAGCUAUUCAGAUGAAAAUCCUCAGUCUUAUUCGAAUUCCACUAACAUCUUUUACCAGUCUACAGCUAAUAAUCGCGAUAACCCUGUUAACAGCAGCAAUAAUAAUCAUAUAAAUUUAAGUGAUCAGAUAAUUUAUGACUCGGUGACAAACACAAGUGAUGAAAUUUGUAAGCCAUCACAUUUACUUACUGUUGCAUCUGCUUACGCCUCACAAAUCCCGUUCAGUCCACGGAGUAGUAACGAUACAUCACACAGUAUGGAUAAUGUGAUCACAGAUGCGACGAUUGUUCCUAUAUCAGCUGAUUCUUCCAUCCCCAAUAUUCAAAUCUAUCCUAUCCCGUGGUCGUCUAACGCACAUAACUCUAGUCUAUUGUCUUCUGAUACUACAGUAGUAUCCAAUGUAAUAGUCAAUCAGUCAAUAGACACUUCUGUUUCUUGUAUUUCUGAUAAUAAUAAUAAUAACAAUAAUAAUAAUAAUAAUAAUGAUAAUAAUAAUAAUAAUAAUCAGCUUCAUACAGUUAAAGCUGUCAGUACAGAUUGUGCAUCAUCAUUUACUCAUGAAUCAUCAGCACCAUAUUCUUUUAUUCAAUUAUAUCCUGUUAUGAGUUCAGACGGUACUUUGUACUAUAUAACUGGUACACCUAUUGAACUUACUCAAACAGAUUCUAAUGAUCCUAAUCAUCAAAUUGGAAUUUUCAGUCAUAAUACUAUCGUUUCCACAAAUUGUGAACCAGAAUAUGCGUAUUCAGCAAAUGAAAUUUGGUCAUCGAAUGAACCUAAUACUGGGAAUAUAAAUAAUAAUAAUAAUAAUACAGCUAAUAUAAAUUCCUCAUUAUCUCAACAAAUAACUACCACAGAAAUCAAUUCUACACUACACGCAAACAGUACAACCUCAGAUAGUUAUCUUAUCAAUACUGAAAGUUGUAGUAGUAAAAAUAACGAAGGAACUAAUUGUCAACCAGUUUUAGAAUACUUAUCGAAUGAUGUUGAAGUGAUCGAUUUAAAUAUUCCUGCUGCUGUCGUACAUUUGGAUCAAAAUACUCUCCCUAGUACAAUUGUUUUGAAUGCAUCUCAGUUAGCUACAACACUGUACGAAAUCAAUUCCCUUGGGAAUCAAAAUUUCACUGUUUCGUACUCCAAUCCAACUGAUUCCGUAUUGAAGUGUGGAAGCGAAGGCGCAACAUUUCCUGAACAACAGCAACAUCAACAACAGUCACCAGGUGUUGGUUGUAGUGAAACUCAAAAUAACUUUGAUAGUAAUGGUAACAGUGAUCCAUUGGCAGUAUUGAAUUGUAAUUCAUCAGUAAAAGAUUCAAGGAUAUCAGAAAAAUCACAAAUCUCAUUAAAUCAUUCUUUUAAUGAUUCAUCAUUGAACAAUGAAGUAAAUAAUAAAAUUGAUUAUGAAAGCUUAAAACAUUUAAAAGAAUAUUUUGACUUUAAUAAAACAACUAUAAAAAUAUGUAAUAAUUCUGUAUAUACUGUAAAAAGUUCAUUAGAUAAUAAUUUAAUAAAUAAUUCAUUAGUUACAGAUGAUUUACACAAUUCUUCAUCAGAUUUUAAUGAUUCAUCAUUCACUUCUGUUUGUCAUUUACCAACAUCAGUCUAA